AUGCUCUUUCUUGACCUCCAAGAGGAUGUGAUGCUCCUUACCUGCUCGUUUCUUUCUGUGGACGAUAUACUGCUUCUCAGACAAGUCUGCACCACCAUGAAUCAUUUGACACGGUUGAAGGCGGUCUGGCUCACCCAACUAACAUGGCUCUUACGCCAGGGCACUCGAAUUCCGGUGUAUAUCGGGGACCACCUGGUCUUGAAGUCGCCCGACUUGGAAUCCCUCGUACGGCGCCUCUCAUACGCCUCGCGAAAAUGGGCGCCAGCAGAGACUCCCUCGCCGUUUCGGAUAUGGCCUAUCAACCUUCCCCAAUCGAUAACCUGGCUUCAUGUUACUCAGGGAAGAUGGCUCUUCGUUGCUUCCUCUGACGAAAAUGUUAGCAAGUUGGGCUGCUGGGACAUUUUUCGUAUAUUCGAAGGAAACGUGGAACCUAUUGCCCAGGGUUACUUACCAGACGUGGUCAAGACCGGAAAAACCGAAGUUCAAGGUCGUGAUAUUGUUCUCGGUUUAGGUUUAGGCUCGCAAUCCAAUUCCACGCAUAUUAUCGCCUUGCGCAAACUUCACCAAGACUACUCCCUUGUUGAAAUUGCUCGUAUACCAAAUUCGACGCAUGUUCUCUUGCUAUCGGGUACCUUCAUCGGUUGCGCAAUUCACCGAGGGAGUAAUGUCCCGCACCUAAUCGACUGGAAAAAAUCACUGAUCGUAGAAAUUCCGCCUCCACCCGGUGGCCUCGAGGUCCAUGGUCGUAGAAGCGUACCCAAUGUCAUGACACUAUGGAACAACAACAAACUCGUCAUCAUCCGCAGCGUGGCUUUAGAAGUCUACGAUGUUUCGCUUACCGCGCAAGCUUCAGUCGUGUAUUGCGGCAGUAUCACACUACCUAGGAUUUGGGAAGUUCAAGUGCUUCCUGUUUACCUUGCCGGUUCACCUUUGCGCCUCGUUAUUCUCUCGCAGGUCGGCCUCGAGUUAAUCGCCUUGGACCCAGUCCUACUUCACGACCUCCACGACGAUAGAGAUGAAGUCUACCCGAGCACUUGCAUCGCACAAUAUCCGUCUGAUUACCAAUUUCCAUGCCCCUGGUACCAACUUGGUGUCUCCCCAGACGGAACACGAGCAACAUGGCUUGACACUGCCAGGCCUGAAGAGAAAUACAGCCAUCCCCGAUUUCUUUCCGUUCCGCUGCCAUCAGCAGGAGAGCAACUCCUUCAAAACAUUCCACCCCAAUCAUGGGAUAUUGACCUAAAUAGCGAUCCUGCUAUCUGGGCUCGACCCCAGAUCGAAGCCGACGAAACUCUGGGUAUCACCAUUGUCGGUAAUUGUUUCGGAGAGCUUGGCGUAUACGACUUCGGCCGUGGAGUUGGCUUUCCGAGUUGCGUUUUUGAUCAAGAGGCUGAUGGGGAUGUUGAAAUGAUACCUGGUCAUGCACUUGCACAAACUCUCAUCAAACUGGCCCCCCGACGAGGGCCUCGGGAGCCAAUGUCAGAAGAUGAAUUUCGCGAGGCAACUGCUCACUGGUCGCAAGACAGAAUUAUCGACUGGCUUUGGAUCAAUGACUGGUACGAAGACCGGGACUGGGCCCAGGUAUACCGCUGGAUCGGACACUCAGGCGACUUCGCGUGGUCUAUAGAACACGAAUAUGGCUUCCCUGGGGAAGCUUUGCCGCAAGCCUACACCCCGCGCGAACACUCGGCGGAUACCCCAUGUACUCUCUUCCGAAUCGGGAAUCGCUACCUCGUUGAGGACGAGGACGGAUUUAUUCGUUCUUGGCCGAACAACGUUGAUCAUGGCUUUGUCGUGCACGCUGCUGACAUCGAAGAGCCGAUCCGACCGACGACGGAAACGGAGGAUUCUGUAUUUUGGAAAUCAUUCCGAUUGGAUUGGCAGAGCCACAAGCCUAGACGUAAUCGAUGGGCUGAGCAGCAAGAAAGAGGCGGCUUUACCGACUGGAGUUUGUCUUGGGAAGAGGAAGAACUGGCUCUCGCAAAAGACGACCCGCUGAGCUCGAUGCAUGAUUUUGGCAUGCGCGUUGAGCAUGGAGGAUGA